AUGGCGGCACUCCGGCUCCUCUCCUCUGGGCUGCGGCUUGGCGCCAUUGCGGGCCGCUCGGGGGGCGCCCGGAUUGUCCCCGCUCGCAAGGAUUGUGCUCUCUGCUUCUCCACCAGCCCCCGACACCAGGCCAAGUUCUACACAGACGCGGUGGAGGCCGUCAAGGACAUCCCUCAUGACGCCACCGUCCUGAUGGGCGGCUUCGGGAUCUGCGGGAUCCCGGAGAACCUGAUCGGGGCCCUGCUGAAGACCCAGGUGAAAGGGCUCACCGUGGUGAGCAACACGGUCGGCUUGGACGACUUCGGACUGGGCCUCUUACUGGCCACCAAGCAGAUCAGACGCAUCAUCUGCUCCUACGUGGGGGAGAACGCUCUCUGCGAGAACCAGUACUUAGCUGGGGAGCUAGAGCUGGAGCUGACGCCCCAGGGCACGCUGGCCGAGAGGAUCCGCGCAGGCGGCGCUGGGGUGCCCGCCUUCUACACCAGCACGGGCUACGGGACCCUGGUCCAGGAAGGAGGCGCGCCCAUCAGGUAUUACGAUGACGGCCACCUCGCUGUCAUCAGUAAGCCAAGAGAGGUGAGGGAGUUUCAUGGCCACCAUUACCUUCUGGAAGAAGCAAUCAAAGGAGAUUUUGCUUUGGUGAAAGGGUGGAAGGCCGACCGCUCAGGAAACGUUAUCUUCAGGAAAAGCGCAAGGAACUUCAACGUGCCUGUGUGCAAAGCUGCAGAAACCACAGUGGUAGAGGUUGAAGAAAUUGUGGAGGUCGGAUCAUUUUCCCCAGAAGACAUCCAUGUGCCUAGCAUUUAUGUAGACCGCUUGAUAAAGGGAGAAAAGUAUGAGAAAAGAAUUGAGCGCUUAGCAGUCCGACAAGAGGGAGCGGGAAAACACACAUCUGAAGAUAAUCUGAGGACCCGCAUCAUCAAACGGGCGGCUCUGGAAUUUGAGGAUGGCAUGUAUGCUAAUUUGGGCAUAGGAAUCCCUCUCCUGGCCAGCAACUUUAUCAGCCCAAAUAUGACUGUUCAUCUUCAGAGUGAAAACGGAAUCCUGGGCUUGGGGCCAUUUCCAGUCCAAAGUGAGGUGGAUGCCGAUCUCAUCAAUGCAGGCAAACAGACAGUCACUGUUCUUCCUGGGGCUUCUUUCUUCUCCAGUGAUGAAUCAUUUGCAAUGAUUAGGGGUGGGCACCUCGGUCUGACAAUGCUGGGAGGAAUGCAGGUUUCCAAAUACGGUGACCUGGCCAACUGGAUGAUUCCCGGGAAGAAGGUGAAAGGAAUGGGAGGUGCCAUGGAUCUUGUGUCCAGUCCCAAAACCAGAGUGGUGGUCACCAUGGAGCAUUGUUCAAAGGCAAAUGAACCCAAAAUCGUGGACAAGUGCACGAUGCCACUGACUGGGAAGCGCUGUGUGAACCGAAUCAUCACGGAAAGGGCCGUGUUCAACGUGCACCCAAAGAGAGGACUGACGCUGAUUGAGCUCUGGGAAGGCCUGACAGUGGAUGACAUCAAAAAGAGCACAGGGUGUGCCUUCACAGUCUCACCUGACCUCAAGCCAAUGCAGCAAAUUACAAUGUAAAAUGUGAAGUCAACCUUUAUCACGGAAUGUGUGGCUUUCAUUUUCACCUCUUAG